CGUGCGUUGCUUAGUUACAGCCAAUCACAAAGCAUCUCACUGCAUUCAACAGCUGCGUUGUGUAGUAGAGGACGACGACCACUCUGCACUGUAAUGUCGUAGUUAAAUUGCGUAGUUUAAUUUCUUAGUCCCGUUGUUGUUGUGACAGCAAACUUGGACCAUCACAAUGUUUAAGUCAGAUCUCCCUCCAACUUAUGAAGAGUCGAGGCAGCAGUCAUAUGGUCAACAGCAGCACAGAAACUACCCAUACCCUCCAUAUGUAUAUCCAGCUCAGACAGGGGUGUACACGGGUUCAGGGCAGCCUGGCAUACACCCCCAGUCUGGGCUUUGGCAGGGUCCUGGAUACUCCUCACCAGCAAUGCCAUCUUUCAUAACACAAGGAAUGUGUUCACCCAACCCUAGUGAUACAAUGGGCAUGUCAUCAUCUGGCGUGUGGGACAGCAUGAGUGUUCGACAUGCCUUCAUAAGAAAGGUCUACCUUAUUUUAGCUGCCCAACUAUUUAUCACUGCCUCAAUCAUUGCAGUGUUUGUAUUUGUUGAGCCUGUGCGUCUUUUUGUGAUCCAAAAUCCUGCCAUUUAUUGGACAUCAUUCCCGGUGUAUCUUGUUACUUAUCUUAUGCUGGUUUGCUGUGAAGGACCAAGGAGGCGGCACCCAUGGAAUUUAAUACUCCUCUUUAUUUUUACCCUUGCCUUGUCUUUCAUGACAGGAACCAUUUCAAGUUAUUUCGACACCAAAGCAGUGUUUCUGGCUCUUGGGAUUACAGCAAUAGUGUGUGUUAUUGUCACAGUCUUCUGUUUUCAGACCAAGGUUGAUUUCACCUCUUGUAAUGGUCUCCUAUGCGUUCUGUGCGUGGUUCUCCUGGUGACUGGCAUUAUAACAUCCAUUGUACUCUCCUUUCAGUAUGUACCUUGGCUGCACAUGCUGUAUGGUGCUUUUGGAGCAAUAGUCUUUACAUUGUUUUUGGCUUACCAUACCCAGCUGCUCAUUGGAAAUCGAGCAAACACCAUCUGUCCUGAGGAAUAUGUGUUCGGUGCUCUUUCUCUCUACGUUGACGUUGUCCAAAUCUUUAUCUUCCUUCUUCACAUCACAGGAAGUUCUUCCGAGUAAACCUUUGGUUUUUGUUUUUAGCGAUAUUGAUCUUUAAGCUUUUUGACCUAUUACCUCAUAGUGCAUGAAUGAUAAAAGCUAUCUUUAUCAGUGGUGUGCAUCUCCAAUAUCACCUUAUUGAUUAUAAUGUGUUAUUACAAUGUAUGUUUGUGUUAUGUUGCUCAAACAUUUCAACAUUGAUUGUUAAACUUUACUUGCCUUUAUGUGCACUUUAUUUUUUAUGUUCCAUCUGUUUGCUUUAAAGGAACUAAUGUAAAAGUGUGUGUAUACUAAGAUGUGAUUUUUCUAAUGUAGAUGUUGCAUAUAUUUUUAUUAACCUGAAGCAAAAUAAAAUGGGGACAAUAUCA